CAGCCGGACCGAAAGUGUCAAACGAGAAAUUAUACUCGCGGAAAUCGCGUGAAAAUGUUGGAAAAUUGGCGUGAAUGGUGUUACUUGUGUGCUAAAAUUGAUUCCCCGAGCGAGGAUGCGUUGCAUAAAGUUACAUUAAUGAGUUGUCACUCAAAACUUAUAGUGAAAUACUUUGAGAUUUCCAUCGAAUUCUCUGAGGAAAUAAUUCAUCCAAUUUGCAUCGAAUGCAGUAUAUUCCUUGAGAAGUUGGAAAACUUUAAGGAUCGCUGUGUGAAUGCCCUGAAAAUGCACCAAGAAAUCAUGUUGAAUAACGCUAGUUCAUCGAAAGAUCUUCAAGCGAUUCGGUUCAAGCAUGGCUUCGAUAAGGAAAAAGUGGCGGAAAAACAUUUUUUGGAUUCUGAUCUGCCAUCGAAUCCAGCAAGUCCACAAAAAAGUGAUGAUGACUUGCCUUUGACUAGAAGAGUUAAGAAAGAGUCUUUAUUUGCACCACAACGAAAGCGUCGUAUGAGUAAAAAGUGCCCAAAAAGUGAGGAAAUUGUUUGCGAAAUUUGUUCGAAGAACUUCUCUCGUCGAAGUGUCCUCAAAGAACACAUCCUGGAGCAGCAUCGUCAGCAGGAAAUGCCUCACAGCUGUUCACAAUGUGCGAAGAGAUUCACCAACAAGUACAAGCUGCGAAUGCACGAGAACACUCACUUAUCUGACUCCGAGAGGCGCAUUCAUCCGUGUCCUUUGUGUGAGAAGAAAUUCGGCCUCAAGGCUCUCGUGCAGUCUCACAUCAGUGCCAUUCACAUCGGCGACAAGCCCUUCAUCUGUGAGGAGUGUGGCAAGUCCUUCAGAACGAAAGGCGCCCUUCUGGAGCACCAAACGAGCCACAGCGAUGAUCGUCCCUAUCACUGUUCAGCGUGCCCGAAGAAAUUCAAGAAAUCACAACAUUUGAAGAUGCACGAAGAGAGUCACAGAACCGACUUGUUCGAAUGUCCUCAUUGUGAUCUCAAAUUGAGGACUUCGAGGACCCUCAAGAUGCACUUGCUUGUGCACUCGGACAGUAAGCAGUACAAGUGCGACUAUUGUGGAAAUGAGUACAAACGGGCGAAGACGCUGAAAGAACAUCUGAUUCUGCACACUGGCCAGCGACCUUACCAAUGUCCCUUCUGUGAUAAAGCCUUCGCAAACGGAUCGAAUUGCCGGAGUCAUAAGAAGAAAUCGCAUCCAGUCGAGCUGGCAGCCUUGGAAGCCUCAGGAGAUUUAGUAAAACCAGGUGACCGAAGAUUUGCGUCUACGCCAAAUAAAACCAUCGCAUAAUUCAA